UCCAAAAACGGCAAACUCACAUUAUUGAAGCUUAUUCAACAUAACAAACAACAUAAAUAUCACAUACAAUCAUCCAUCCAUCCAUCCUCAAUCACACAACAAACCUUAGCAAAAAAAUAAUAAAAAUGGAACUCACUUGGUUUUGGCUCACUCUCCUAGCCAUUUUAGCCUCUUCUUUGGUUUCAUCGCUGAUGAAACUAAAGAAGAAGCUCCCGCCGGGCCCAAAAGGCCUCCCUAUUCUUGGCCAUCUACACAUGAUAGGCAAAAAUCCCCACCAAGACCUCCACCGGAUCGCCAAAGCCCACGGCCCAAUCAUGUACAUGCGAUUCGGGUCCAUCCCAAACGUCGUCGUCUCAUCUCCCGAGGCGGCCGAGCUCUUCCUCAAGACGCAUGACCUUGUCUUCGCCAGCCGGCCCCCCACCGAGGCUGCCAAGUACAUGACGUGGGACCAGAGCGACGUCCUGUUUGGCGCCUACGGCCCGUAUUGGCGAAACAUGCGGAAACUAUGCACUCUAGAGCUUCUCAGCACGCACAAAACCAACUCCUUUAAGCCCAUGAGAAGGGAGGAGAUUUCCCUCUUCGUCGAGUCGCUCAGGGAGGCGUCUGGGCCGGUCGAUCUCAGCGCGAUGGUGUCGUCCGUUAGCGUGAACAUGAGCUGCAGAUUGGUGUUUGGGAAAAAAUAUGAGGAGAAGGACAUUGAUGAGAGAGGGUUCAAGGCUUUGAUCAAGGAAGGGAUGAGACUGGUGAGUGCUCCAAAUGUGGCUGAUUUGUUUCCUUUUCUCGGAGUUUUUGAUCUCCAGGGGCUGAGGCGGAAGAUGAAGGCGUACGCGAAGGUCUUCGAUGGUUUCUUUGAGAAAGUCAUCGAAGACCAUCUCCGAGAAGGGGAUCGCCCUGGCCAGGCGAAGGACAUUGUCGAUACAAUGAUGUCGAUUAUGCAGAGUGGGGAUUCUGAGUUCAAAUUCGACCGGCGCCAUGUCAAGGCCAUUAUGCUGGACAUGUUGCUAGGGGCAAUGGACUCACCAUCAUCAACAGUGGAGUGGAUACUCACAGAGCUGUUGAGGAAUCCAGCAGUGAUGAAGAAGCUACAGAGGGAGAUGGAGCAAGUGGUGGGAUUGGAUCGGAUGGUUGAGGAGGCUGACCUCGACCGGCUCGAGUAUCUCGACAUGGUUGUGAAGGAGACCUUCAGGCUGCAUCCAGUGGCUCCGUUGUUGAUUCCUCACUAUGCAAGGGAAGAUAGCAAGGUGAAUGGCUACGACAUACCAAAGGAGUCGAGGAUAAUCAUCAACACGUACGCGAUUGGGCGCGAUCCGAGUGUGUGGAGUGAUCCGGAGAUGUUUGUUCCGGAGAGGUUUCGUGGGAGUGAGAUUGAUGUUUGGGGGCAUCAUUUCCAGCUCCUUCCGUUUGGCGCGGGGAGGAGAGGCUGCCCCGGGAUUCAGCUCGGGCUUAUCCAUGUUCGACUCAUCGUUGCGCAGUUGGUCCAUUGCUUUGAUUGGAAGCUGCCUAAUGAUAUGUCUCCAAUGGAUCUUGAUAUGAAUGAGGAGUUUGGUGUUUCUCUUACAAGGGCUAAUCAUCUCAUGGCUGUCCCUAUCUUUCGAUUGAAGAUGUAGCUUUUGAUGCAAACUUGUAAGAAUUUGUGAUAAAUGAGGCGAUAAGGCAAACGUCCACAUUUUCUUGAAAAUUAUGUAGGAUUGUUUCCUUAUCUUAUCUUUAUU